GAUAACCGAAACAAGAACAGUGUGAUCGAAAAUAUGGCAGCAAUGUUAAGCACAAGAAAUGCACUCUUCCGCUUCUCAAAGUCAUUCCCUAACGCUCCUUCCCUCUCCCUUCCUAAACCUUCUAGAGUCUUCUUCGCUUUCGCUUCCAACCAUUCAGAUUUAUAUUUGUUGUUUUCAGUGGAGAAAUUCAGCAGAAGGACCGAGAAGCACUUCAGCCGGUUGGGGUUAUGAUUCUCCUUCAUCAAAGACAAAACGCGAUUCCAAUAACAGAGAGAGAGCGAGAGCGACCGCAAGUGAAGGCGUAGACGCAGAAGACGUAAAAGAAUACGCACGUGAGACACAGAAAGCAGCAGAGAGUGCGGGAGAGAAAGCAGUGGAUUAUGCAUACGAAGCAAAAGACAGAACAAAGGAAGCAGCAGAGAGUGGUGGAGAGAAAGUAAGAGAGUAUGCAAAUGAUGCAAAAGCGGGUGCAGAGAGUGCUGGAGGGAAAGUGGUAGAUUAUGCUUAUGAAGCAAAGGAGGCAGCAGAGAGUGCUGGAGAGAAAGCAAUAGAUGGUAUUGAGAGAAACGCUGACGCAACAGCCAAGAAGACAGGGGAGGUUGCAGGGGCGACGACUGAAGCUCUGAAGAAUGCAGGGGAGAAGGUGAAGCAGACGGCGCAAGGAGCUUGGGAUUCUGCUAAGGAUGCGUCGGAGAAGAUUAAGGAGACGGUUGUUGGGAAAGAUGAUGCAUGAUCAUGAAUUGAAGAGUAAGGGUUGUUAUACUCAGAAUUAGAGUAAGGGUUAUUCAUUCAAAGCAGAGGAAAGAGGAACGCUUUUUUAAUUAAUUAUGAAAUGGAUGUAUGUUUGUAAACAAUAAUUUAGUUUUUAAAUUAAAUAACCUCUUUAUUAAUAAUAA